CACCCCGAAGAAUCACCUCCAGAUCGGUGCCAAACUGUCCGGUCGGUUCGCCAUUUCCUGAGGACGAAAGCUUGAGGAAGUAACAGCCAUGUAGCGCGACGUCGUUGCCCUCAGACCGCUCCUGCCCUCCUUUCCCUCCCUUUCCCGCAAACAUCGUUCCGAAUAGCAGCACACCAUACUCAGCAGCCCCAUCCGCGAUCUGCAACGCUCCAACCCACACGCCUCUAACGUUGCCCUCUGGGCCAGAUACAUACGCGCCCACCCCACCGCCGCCAAUGUCCGUGUCCUCCUCCACCUCCGCCUCCCCGCCGCCGCCCACCCCUCCGUCCCUCAAAGCCCCCACGCACCGCCGCGCCAAAACCUGCAAAUACACCAUCUACGCCUUCUUCCUCCUGUGGCUGCUCGCCGGGAUCGUCGCGCUCAUCGGCAGCCUCGCCACGCUCAAGCCAGGUGCUGCGGCGGCGGCAGCGGCGGAGAAGGCAAACAUGCAGCCUGGCGUGCUUCAAGCCCCCGCUGCGUAUCCGUAUCAUCGUCGGCGCUCGACUCUCCCGCGUUCAAACUCAAACUCCUCUCCAGGCGGUGGCGGCGGCUCGAUCAACCUGACCGUCACGCUUACGGUUCCGCGCCACCGGCGCUCGGGCGGGGAGAGAGAGGCGCUGGCUGCGGGCGUGAGGGCGGCUUUCGGGGCGUUUCAGGCGCGGACUGGGGCGCUGGUGGCGAAGAUGCUGGAGGAGGGGUACUUUAGUGGCGUCGAGGACGAGGAGGGGAGGCAGAUGCAUGCCGAGAUGGAGGUCACGCUGAGUAGCAAUUUGACGGCGAGUUGGGGGUGUGAUGAGGGGUGGUGUGGGGGUUAAGUGGAGUAGGAAGGAGAUCUUGCUAGGGACUUUGGUGGUUGCUUGGUGUUUGGGUGGUUGAAGGACGUUCUGGGUGGGUUUUCCUUGUUGUACUGUUUGACAUGGAGAAGGUUUGUGGUCGGGAGUCGAGUAUGUCCUUUAUGGGUCACAGCGGAGGAUCAGGGAGGCUGGGGGAAGUCUGAAAGUUCGUUCUUGUAUCUCAUUGCGAGAAAAGGCUUG